AUGUCAAAAUUCAGUGUCUGGUUCCAAUCCAACGAUAUUUUCGUCGUUUCAACCGAGACUUUUGCGAAACAAGCUGUUCACGCAAUCGGCAAUUUCGAGUUGAUUUGUGGUUGUUGGCAGCACGAUUUGCAGAUAGCCUUGUGUUCUCUCAUCAGUCCAUGGCUAUUUAAACAAUUCUUUGUCCCAUUCGGAAUGUUGGGAGUUCAUCGGAAACGAGUCGAAAAUUUCCAAAAAAGACAUAUA